AUGGAUACUGGCUUGAACGGCUCGAUUUCGAGAGGUACUCUCUCAAGGUUCUUUAAGAGAGCUGGUUCAGAAAGCUCUGGGAGUGGUGAUUUGCAACAGACGACAUCAAGUCAUAAAACUAGGAAACUAGGAACACUGUUUUCGAAAGAUAGCCGGAAGUUAUCACUAUCCCAAACUAUCGAACAUGUUGCUUCCCUCUCAUCCUCACCCAUCACUCCCAUCACCCCCACAACACCUACAACACCUGGAACACCUACUACCUUUACCACACCUACUACCUUUAACACACCUGCUACGCCUGCCACACCCCGCACCCCUAUGGCAGGUACUCCCAAGGGAAGAAGAAGAGGAACAGUUCUUGAGGCUAUUGCACCGGAGGAGGAGGAGCCGGAGCUUCGAAGCUACUUUGAUGAUGAUACUGAGGACGAAGAGGAGCGGAAUACCCUCCGUGCAAGAAUGAUGGCUAAAGUUACGAACGGUUUCAAAUCCAAAUCCAAGGUUCAUGUCGGAGAAAAGAAGGAAACAGAAGAGGUAGGGGAAGUAACCAAGAGGCAGGAAACAGAGCUGCACAGGGAGCUGCAUAAAUACGAAAACAUUAAAGUCCAAACAACAGUUUUUGGGAGAGAUACCUCUCAAGAGACAAUUGAUGAUGAUGAAAUGGAUUUUACUGCGACUUUUCAUUAUUUUGCAGAAUUCAACCGCAACUAUGUGCGCCCAGGACGUAAUGAGGUUCUUCAUAUUCGUGAUGGUGGUCGAGAAUAUAUCACCGUGGAAAGAAUAAAUGGAGUGUGCAGUAUCACUGCUGGUGUCUUUGAAUGCAUUGUCGCAGAACUGGCCCACCCCGUUCUCACCCCCCACGAUUACCCAAGUCUUUUUGACAAUAUGGUUUUCUGUGGGUCGAUGCUUGUAGGAAAUAUUACGAUGCUGAAGACUGUGUUUGAUCAGCUCAAGACCAGUGUUGGAAAUAGUGCUCAGGAGGUGAAUCUCGUCCAUUUUAUUUUGCAUUGGAUCAAAGAAAAACCGGAAGACUUUAGUUGGUGUAAUGAAAUUUUGGAAUUACGAUUCCAAAUAUUUCGUUAUGUUCUUGAUACCUUCAAGAAAACUGUGCUAUCCCGUAACUUGUAUGGUGUUUCGGUUAGGCAUCACAAGUUAGAAGAAGCCUAUAAGAUUUACGCAAAACAUCAAAAGAAAGGUUGGGUCAGCUUCAGGGACAUCAAGAUGUCUUAUGCCAGGCCAACUAAGUGCGACCUUGUGCCUGUUGGUCUUUCUACCAUAAAUAUUGAUGAUUUGGCCAACUAUAUUUCCCUAGUCGAUGUUAUCCUCUUUCGUGAUGGUUGUGAGAUGGGCGCGUUAGAUUCACACUGGAAGGAGAAGGCACAAAUGGAAAUUCCUCGGGAAUACACGUCGAAUGAUUUCUUUUCUGAGAGCCAGGCCCCCUUUUGGUGGCCAGUUGAGAGAAUAGAGAGAAUUCUGGAGAGACAGAGAAUGGUCAAGCACUGGGUCGCAUUGGAAAUUAUGCAUUUAGAUACGAUUGCUUCUAGAACCCAGAUGAUUAAAGUUUUUAUCUCCGUGGCGGGGAAUUUACUGGAAAUGUCAGAUUUUCAUGGUGUGUUUUGCAUUGUGGAAGGUUUGCAGUGUCCAAUGGUCCGCCAUCUCGAGAGGAGUUGGGAGGACAUCGGUUAUCUCCACCUGCGUUUGUUCAAACAGCUGAGAGAAAUUGUCAACGAUAAAAACGUUUAUCACCAGUUCUUAGGAGUCGAAAGUGGAAACCCAGUGACCCCAUACUAUGCCCAUUUUUUAGACGAGGUCACCGAUAUUCGCAAUUCAAAAGACCAUUCUGCACGUAUCAAGUCAACUGGGACCAGUAAAAUGCACCUGGAUGCACCGUUAAGCAGGUUUGGAGUAUGGGACACAGAAGAUAGAAAAGCUCCCGUAACUACCUCGGAGGACGGCACGCCGCAAAUACCCAUAUCUUUGGACUUUCAAAAGUACCGACGGCUUCUUUCCACAGUACAGAGCUAUCAAAAACGCGCUCAGCCCGAAUAUAAAUAUUGUGGAGAGAUCACAAGCGGCUGCUUUGUUCUGAAGCUCCAUCUUGUUGGCAUGAAGAACUUCGUUAAUUUAGCGGAGAUAUCAGACAUGACUUCUCCUGAACUUAAAGGGAGAUUGGAUGGGAUGUCUCAGCUUAUAGAGACCAGGAUAUUGGAAGCAUGGUCACUGCAGCCGAAAAACGAUAUCCCGCCUGUCUACAGGGAUGGGGAUGCCACUCGAUGUCUGGUAUUACAGAAUCUUCAGAGGACGUUGGGAAAUUACGCCUAG